AUGGCAGUGGCUGCGGCUUGUGAUGGGAGAUUGGUGGAAGGGAUGAGGUGGAGAGGAGAGAGAGAUGAUUGGGAUAGGGAAAUUAAUGUAGAAAGUGCUGAUACGUUACCAGCCUCCCAUGAGGAUUCCUCAACAUUUGAGAACCCCCAAAGGGGCAUUGAGCCCCAGCAUUGCCAACGUAUAAUUAUCAACAAGAUUGUAGAAGAGAAGAAUCUGGAUCCGCUACGUGACUUCGGUGUGCAAGGAGUUGCAGUGGCAUUAGACACUGAUUUGGAAAAUGGUAUCCCUGGUGAUGAGCAAGAUCUUGCUCAACGCAGACCAUACACACUCACUCAAACUCAGGCUCCUAUGCCAUCCAUCUUUCGUUUCCUCUUGGAAGCUUGCAACAAUUACACCAUUUUUGUCCUUAUAUUGGCUGCUGUUCUGUCCAUUGCCUUUGGGGUCAAGAAGGAAGGGUUGCAGUAUUGUUGGUUCGACAGUGCUCUCGUGAUUCUCACCAUCAUCAUACUUAUUACUUUUCCAGCGAUACGCAACUAUCGGCAUGAAAAAAGAUACUGGGAGAAGGCAAAUAAGCAAAAGUUGUCAAAGGAGACAGAAAUGCAGGUUGAUGUGGUGAGAGGGGGAAGCCUCAAGCAGAUCUCUAUUGCAGACGUUGUUUGUGGUGACAUAGUAUCAUUGAAGAGGGGAUAUCAUGUUCCCGCUGAUGGUUUGUUCGUAGCUGGUGAAGCCUUGGAAUUAGAUGAUGGGUUGCAAUUAAUUGAUGAUCAAAACCCAUUUUUGUCUCAUGGUGCCAGAGUGAUUAAUGGUAAUGCUCGAAUGAUUGUGACAUCUGUGGGCACGAAUACAGCAUGGAGUGAGAUGAUGAGGACCGCAAUGCAUUCCUCUACCAAGAAGACUACAUUAGAAUCCCAUCUUGAUAAGGUGAGCACUGGCACACAUUGGGCAGGGCUUCUCAUCUGUAUCAUUGAUCUUGUGGCAUUGUUCCUGCGAUUUCAACUGGGAAAGAUGGAUGAUGAGAAUGGCUACGGAGCUUCCAAGGGGGAACCAACGGCACUUAGAAUCUUUGUAAAUUCUCUCAAGAGCACAAGAGUUUUGACCUUACUUAGCAUAUCACUGGUAGGGAUGGUGGAAGGAAUUCCUUUUGUUAUUACUCUUGCCAUCACUUACGGGAAUUGGAAGGUAGCGUCUGACAAAGUAAGUGAAUUGAAUUUACAAGCUUCUGUCAAUAUGGGCUCAAUCACUACCAUCUGCACUGACAGAAUUGGUGGGGUGGAAGUUGACAAAUUUUGGAUUGGAAAAGAAUUCAUCAAUGAAAGCUUGGAAAUAUCACCAAACGUUGUUGAAGCCCUGCGCUAUGGAAUUGGCACAUCAACAGAGGCGGCAUUGCAAUGCUGGGCUGAAGAGAGGUUGGGCAUGAGAAAGGAGAUUUUGGAGCAAAAUUGUUCCAUUCUCAAGCAGAAUGGAUCUAACUACCGUGAAGAACCAUGUGGGGUAUUGAUGGAGAAGAAAGGUAGUGAUGGAGGAAAAGAGAUGUACUUGCACUGGAAAGGACCUGCGAGGACAAUAUUGGCCGAUUGCUCACAUUACUAUGACCGUGAAGGGAACAAGCACAACAUGGAUGAACAGGUCAUUGAGCAAGCUGAAAGAGAGAUGAUGGCAUUUGAUCUUAUGAUAGCCUUUUCUUGCAAACCUACUGAUGACCAAAUACUUGAGGAAAACGACUUAAUCUUGAUAGGAAUGCUGGGUCUGAGAAACACUAAAUGGGAAGAUACAAGAGAAGCAAGAGAAGCCAUUAAAACUUGUAAGGCAGGUAGAGUUAAGAUUGUACUGGUCUCAGGAGAUGAUGUUUCAUCACUUGAACCCAUUGCUCUGAAGUGUGGAUUGCUGACCCCAGGCGGAGAUGCAUUGGUGCUUACAGGCGAAAAGUUUCGGAACCUCACUGAUGAAGGGAGAAUGGAGAAGGUUGAUCGAAUCCGUAUUAUGGGCAAUUCCCUGCCAUCUGACAGGCUGCUUUUGAUCAAGUGUUUGAGACAAAAAGGUGAGAUAGUUGCAGCCAUUGGACAGAGAACAAAUGAUGCUCCGGCACUAAAACAAGCUGACAUAGGGCUGGCAAUGGGAAGUUGGAGUUCAGAAAAGGUAAAAGAGAGCUCUGACAUUAUAAUUCGGGAUGGGAAUUUCAGUGUCUUAGUCUCCAUAUUCAAGAGUGGGCGAUGCAUUUUUAACAACAUACAAAAGUUCAUCCAACUCGAGCUCACCAUGACAAUCUCUGGGGCAGCAAUAAACUUAAUUGCAAUCAUAUUUUCAGGUGAUGCCCCUAUAACAUCAUUAGAAUUGAUCUGGGUGAACUUAGUUGUGGCCUUCCUUGGUGGCUUGGCGCUGCUGACAGAGCCCCCAACUGAGAAACUAAUGACCAUGCCACCAAAUAGCCCACUAGUAACCUUAGCCAUGUGGAGAAACAUAGUCACUCAAGCUCUAUAUCAGAUAGGUUUUUCAGUGGCUCUUUUAUACAAAGGACAAGCCAUUCUGGGCAUCAGUGAAAAGGCUGGUAAAUCCUUGAUUUUCAAUAGCUUUGUUAUUUGCCAGUUCUUCAACCAAUUUAAUGCCAGGGAGCAACAGGAGAAGAAUGUAUUCAAGGGUGUCCUCCAAAACGGCUGGUUUUGGGUGGCUGUCUGUGCUUUUCAAAUGUGUCACUUGGUAUUUGUUGUGAUUGAACAAAUUACCAUCCACACCGCAAGCCUGAAUUGGAAGCUGUGGACUUGCUGUUUUCUGAUUGGGAUAGUUUCGUGGCCGAUCGACUGGGCUGUAAAGUGCGUGUCGAUUUUCAUUAAAAAUGACUGGUCUGGAGGGUGGAACAUCAAUUGGAAUGGCAAGUGCACGUGGGGUUUCAUCAGAAAAGGAAGCUCUAUGAGAUCACCUUUGCUCCCUCAGAAUUCGGUUAGUAUGACAACCUCUGCUGCACUCUCAGAGUCUGCUUGAAUUCCCACUUUAGUAUCCACUCAGAAUCUACAGGGUAGGAGUAGAAUGUUCAGUCUUAAAAUGACACCAUCUGCUCUCUUACAUAGGAUUUGCUUGAAUUUCUCACUUCAUCCCUAUUUUAGUACCAAUCUUGUAAGAUUGUUCCGUUGUGACUUGGAGGUAUGCACUCAUACUUAGCGGCAGCAGGUGUCUUAGUGUUGUAAAAAUGUAUCUUAAGAUGUUGUUUUGUUCCUUAAAUUAAGAACUUCAGAACCAUGUCAAUUAUAUAUUAUAUCCACUGUUAACAGAUUU